GUGUAAUAUGAGGAGCUCCGAGCAUCAAUAGAUAUUUAUAUGCCUCGGUGAACAUUCGUAAAACUCUUGCAAAUCGUCGCAUUCGCGCUGUAACUUGUGAAGCAAAUUAAUUUGUGAAAUCUGCCGUCGCUUAAGAAGCCACUGUCCAGGUCAUUUAAACCGAUGUCUCCGCCACAGACACUUCGUUAAUACUUUUUAAGAAUAGUUGUAAACGCAAAAUUUCUGGUCUUAUAUUUGUUUGUUAUAUACCGGCCGGGUAGCCCAAUGAUCUCGGGUAGCCACCUGCCGCUGAAUGUUCUUUCGUAGGCAGAGAGUCUUUGAUAUUCUUAUUGAGUGUACAAUCAUUGCUGCGCGGCUUGAUACAAACAAGAAUAGAAUUUAAAGGAUUAAUUGUAGAUAAGAAGUGCGUUGAUUAUGAUGUUUGUGGAGCGUGUUGUGUGUGUAGUAUAUAAGUCGCAAAUUGUUUAAAAUAUGUUUGCAUGGGAUUAAUUAUCGUAAAAUACAGUGUGACAUAGUGAAUGUCCUGCUGUGCACAGGCCAAACUGCCCCCUUGUGAAGGAGUGCUGCUGUAAUAGCAUUCUUGAGGCUGCUGUUUCUCUACGGAUUUAAACUGCUGCCGCACAGCUGGAAUAUUGGAAGAUACACAAACAUCUAAACUGGAGGCUGAACUAUCUCCAUCUUGAGGGAGUGCUGCUGUAAUAGCAUUCUUGAGGCUGGUAUUUCUCUACAGAUGUAAGCUACUGCUGCCCAAUCGGAGUAUUGGAAGAUAAACUGACAUCUGAACUGGAGGUCAGGCGCUCAAAAUUUCUGGAACAGCAACUGUAUCUGCAAUUUGAAAGAAGAUCAUUGCCAUGGAUAUUGUUCACAAACGAUUGAAGAUUGCACUCUGCAGACCUCUGAGAAACAUUACUUCAGUGCCUGAAGAUGAUCAACUUGGAGAUAAUUACAUCCUUGUUUUUCCAAGGAAACUGAACAUUUGUAGUAAAUGAUAUCACUGUAAGAGUUAGUCAAUAUUAAAGAAGUGAUUGAAGUCCCUUGAAGACAGCUAGACAGAAUGGAUCAGAUCAGUAACAUUCAUUUAAGGUGGAACAAGCAUCAAGCUACUUUGAUGUCAGUUUUUGAUGCUCUGUUGGACAAUGAGAAAUUAACGGACUGUACAAUUAGUGCUGAGGGCCACCAUUUAAGAGCACAUAAGAUAAUUCUUUCAGCCUGUAGUCCAUAUUUUGAGGAACUGUUCACCGAAAACAAUGAGAAGCACCCAAUUAUUAUUCUGCACGGUGUAAAAUACGAUGUGGUUAAAGCUUUGCUUGACUUUAUGUAUCGUGGUGAAGUAAAUAUACCACAAAAGGAGCUUAGUGGUGUUCUUAAGCUCUCGGAGUCCCUUCAGGUUAGGGGACUGUCUGGCAGUGGAUGUAUGGACGGUGUCAACAUGCAGAAAGGCAAUGGAAGAGAUGUGCCACCAGUACUUUCGGAAACACUCUCGGCCCUACCUGCUUCUGUGCCGUGCUUCACCUCAGGUCAGAAGGAGCCAGAAGAUAAGCUGGAAUCAUUUAGAGGAAACUCUCCAACUGUGUCCUCCCAGGAAGGAGGUUCCGGGGAAGUAAACUCGGUUCUUAAUUGCACUCAGAAGUACAUAAAAAGUGUUAAUCACUCUGGUUCUCUUCAGCUGACAGGCCAAAAUACAUUUAAAGAAGUCAUUACUCCCGAUCUUGAAAGUGUGCAUCAUCUUCUAUCUCAAAGGCAAGUAUUCCCCGCAACACAUAACUCAACUGGUGGACCAGUGUACAAUCCGGUGCCUCUUCAGUCCAUGUGCAGUGAGUUGCAGAGCUCCAAUGGGAAAACAGUUGUUGCGGAAAAUGAACGUUUUUCGAUACCAGAAGCAGUAUUACGUGACAAAAACUUGUCGAAUUCGAGUGCACGAAAACAGGAGAUAAAACAAGAAACAAAAUCUGAGAGCACCGAGAGUCACAUGGAAAUUAUUGAAGACGUAACUCUCAAUGAUGGUGACAAUUUUCGUGAUGGCAGUGUCAACAUUCUGGGAGUUAGUGGAAUAAUUGCACCUCCAGAAAUCCUGCCAUCUCAACCUACUUCUAUGCCGUGCUGUACCUCAGGUCAGAAUGAACCAGAACACAAGAUGGAGUCAUUUAGAGGAUGCUCUCCAGCUGUAUCAUCCCAGGAAGAAGGUUCUGUGGAAGGAGACUCCAUUUCUAAAUCCAUUCAAAAGCAAAGAAAAGUAGGCAAGAAUACACUUGAAGAUAUCAUUACUCCUGAUGUUGAUAGUGUGCAUCAACUUUCAUCUGAGAGACAAGUAACAGCCACAAAUCAUAAUUCAAAUGGCGGACCAGCUUACAGUCCGAUUCGGGCACUAAAGACUUUGGUAUCAUGUGCCCACACUACCAUAUGUUCAUCGUCUUACUGUCCAAUUCCUCAGCAGUCUGUAUACAGUGAGUUGCAAAGCUUCGGCAGGUUAAUGACUGUUGCAGAAAAUGAACAGUUUUUAAUGCCAGGAGCAGUAUUACCUGAUAAAAAGUCAGCAAAUAUAAGUGCACACCAACAGGAAGUAUCUUUAGUAAUAAAAUCUGAGGUCCCUGAGAAUCACGUGGAAGUUGUUGAAGACCUUACUCUCGAUGAAGAUGAGGACUAUCUUUGUGCCGGUGAUUAUCGUGAUGAUUGUAGUAGUGGAGAAGUUGACGUUGAGGAAGUCAGGAGAGUGAGUGCAGGUCUUACAUAUAAAGAGAAUUUUCGCACUCAAGGAAUUAAUAAUCUGCAUUCCUUAUUUGGCAGUGUUGAUUUGAGUAACAUGACAUUGACAACAUCCCAGACAGUAUUGCAUAAUCAGUUUACUUGUAAGUCUUGUGGGAAGUCUUAUCAGCAUCCCCAAGGGCUGCAGAGACAUGUAAAUCUACAAUGUGGUAAAGAACGUCGUUAUCAGUGCCCUCGCUGCAGUUAUCGAUGUGCUAGGAGUGAUAAUUUAAAAACACACAUGGCUUCUCGCCGUUGUCAGAUGCACAAAAAAUAAGCACUUCCUGAACGUGUUAUGUGAUAAUGUGAACAUAACACCAAGAAAGGAAUGAUUAGUGUUGAGUGGGUACUUUUUUGUGUGACUUUUAUUUCAACAGUGCAGUGUGUAUUUAUGAGUUGCUUGCUGAAGUGAUUUCUUGUGCUGUGUUGGUACAAAUUUAUCACUGUGUAAAUUAUAUCUGCUAUGAGUAUAUUUUAAAAUUUAUGUGGAAAUCUGAAAACCUCGGAGCAUGUGAAAUCAUUUUCCUUGAAGAAAUAAUUAUGCCAGUAAUGGUGUUGUGUUCUCAUCAUUCAUACUUUUGGUUGUAAACGGAAUAUUGCUUUUGUGGUGAAGAUCUUAACUAGGCGAGUGCAGAUGAAGUAGUGCUGAUACAAUAAUUCUGACAGCUGUAGUAUCCGAUUGGAUUAGUAGCUGAUAAUAAUGAUAACACCAAGAAUUGGUUUACCUAUUUGUCCAGAAUAACUUGGAUGUCCACUUUGUUUCGUCUCUAUUCCUGUUUCCAAUUGUCCAACUUCUCAGCGUGCGAUAGUGUCUUAACACUUCAUAUUCUUAUGUAUAUUCUUUUCUUUCUUGUUUCUUCCUCAGUACCUCACUCUUUGAUGUCUUAAUGGAGAGACAUUUUACAUCCAGAAUUAAUUGGAAGGGCUCAUCAUCAUGCUGUUUGUGUACUUAUGACACUUAUUAAGAAAAAUGGCUCUCAGUUAGUGUUUGUAUGUGUUUCACUGUUUGAUGAACAAUUUGUAACCAUUUUGAGCAAAGCAAUUUAAGUUUUGAAGAAGCACAUUGUAUUUUAAUUUUUUUCCCCCCAGAUAUAACAUAUAGUGAGAAACUUAAAUAUCCUGCUUCUUAUAUCAACAAUAAAAUGGAAUUGAUAUUUCAGAAAGAUUAAUGUAUUUCAAGUUAACAGAUUGAUAAAUCCUUUAUUGUUUGCCUAUGCUGUUGGCUAUUCAAACAGCUGUAAAUUAUGUUGGAAUCUAUACGUAAAUCAAUUUAAGAUGGACUGCCAUAUAAAACUGGUUUACUAGGAAGGACGCUUUCCAAAUGGAUUUAAUGGAAGUACAAGAAUGGCGACUUUAGUAGGGAACAGGACAUUAACACGAAUCAAUGUUUCAUACAAACACAUUUACAGAACAUACAUAUUGUAUAUAUAGUGUUGUGUGAGAAACUGAUGUGUAUGGGAAUGAACGAUGAAGGUUAUUUUCUGGACUGUGAUGUGGGAACAUUUUAGAUCCUUGUUCCAAGGCUCAGACACUCAACAAUGUAGAGUCUGCAUUAAAGAUACCAUAACUAACCUGCAUAAAUAAACAGAAAGAUCCAGGUUUGUUCAUUACAUGAUAGGCUGUCAAUUACUGGAAACAAUAUUGACCAUUAAAUAACUGUUUGUGUGCUGCUAGGGUGAUAUGAGUGGCUUCAUAAAACUUUUUGUAGGGAAAGCAGUUGCAUAACUCAGAUUUUUCCUUACCUUAUUUGGCACAUUUGUCAUCAGAACAUAAUUCGAAGUUCCUAAAAAGAAUAUGUACUUACCAAGCAGCAGCAUAAUACAUACAUAAGAGGAGGGUAUAAUUAGGCAAGCUUUCGGAGCCAGUGAUUCAUUCUUCAGGAAGAAAUGUUGAAGGGGAAUGAGGAGAGGUGAAGGAAAAGAACUGGAGAGGUCUAGGAAAAGGGGUAGAUAUCAGAAAAGUUACCCAGAAC